AUGGUCGAAAGCAAAGGAUGGGACUGUGCCGAGGCGGCGGAGCUGACAAUGUGGACAAAGACUUUAGUCAAGCUCAGUGAUGAGCUUCCAGCCGACGCAGUUUUUAACGACUCUGGAAUGCCCCUCAGUACAGUCUUCUCUUCCAUAGACUCACUUCGCCAUUCUGCUGUUCAUCGCCUACCGACAAGUGCACAAGGUAUUCAGAAAAUGGUACAGUCUGCAAUCCGACUUGCAAUGACGCUGGGUGAUAAUACUCGAGCUGCAAUUCUGGAACUCGUGGAAGCGGGUCUGGACCGUCGCAUCAAGGAUAUGAAACUUAAUAAGAACUUUCUGGAAAAUAGGAUGGAUUGCCAACUUCAAAUGAUCCGCGAGCAGCGCAAGGAGCUGGAUAGAAAAGAAAAUGAAGCGGUUUCCGCAAUGUUCAGAGAGGAUAUUGAGAAUAAGGUACUUACAGGUUCCAUCUUAGAGACAUUGGUUAGAGAAGCCUUUAGUUUGCACAACCAUUGGGAAUCUAGGCUUAAAAUGGGGAAUGGGACCCUUUUAAUGCCCGAUAAGAACAAUGACGAUUCCAUAGAACAUGUUAGGGAGAGCUCCAAAGGAGCGGAUUUAGGUGAUGAGGUGGAUAUUUUUGAUAUUUGA